CCCCUUAAUUUCAUUUUGCGUUUAUAAUGGAACUGAGCUAACCCGCCAAAGCGAGAUCUCGGGUGACGGCGGGCUGGGAAUUUCCCAUAUAAACUCAAUGACCCGCGCUGCAUCGCCUAAGCGAGCUGAGUGUUGUUGCUAUAAGCUCGGCUAUAAGGUCUCUGUGAACGAUUCUGUAAAAUUGCGAAUUUCAGGUUCGUGAAAAAAUAUUUUUAUAUUAUAUGAUUUAUAGCUCGCAUGCAAGUAUUUUUGUCUUCUGCCGUUGCCGGUCGCCAAACUCAGUGAUGUAGAUCUGGGCUUGCUGAUCCAAAGUGAUAACUGCAUAAUGACAAGGGAACAAUUUCUUUCGCUUCAUAUUCACUUUAUUGUUGCCACUCGACUCUGAAAUGCAACAUUGUGUUUUAGGAACGCGAGAUUCUGUUGCGAACAAUUGAUGAAUUUCUCAACUGCUGUGUGGUAAUACCUCCAGGAGAAUGGGACCGACAGAUAUUACUGCAAACCAUUCCUGUGCUAGAAAAUCAAAGCCAAAAGAUGUUCCAAAUUCGUAGACGGAAAGACAGCGCUGUAGCUCAAGAAGAUAUUGACAAGGUGCAAGGUCCAGUGGAAGACUCGUUGGAGCGCACUGGACGCUUCUGUGGCGGGCUUGUCAGAGAUAUAAAACGUCGAUUCUCCAACUACAUCAGUGAUUUCACUGAUGCUUUCGAUAUUCACUGCCUUGCCGCCAUCGUGUUUGUUUACAUCGCCUCUUUAGCACCGGCAAUAACAUUUGGUGGAAUACUUAGCGAGAAAACUGGAGGAUGGAUCGGCGUCUCGGAGACUAUCUUAGCUACUGGUCUUGCUGGUAUCAUAUUCGCGCUGCUAGCUGGUCAACCACUUACCAUCAUUUCGUUCACUGGUCCGCUGGUAGUCUUCGAAAAAAGUACCUACGAAUUAUCGGAGAACUUGAAUAUCGAGUAUCUACCGUUUCGGGCUUGGAUUGGGAUUUGGGUUAUGUUUAUCUGUUUCGUCAUUGUCGCUUUUGAGGGAUGUUUUCUAGUUCGUUAUUUCACGCGGUUCACCGAAGAAAUAUUUGCUUGUCUCAUAGCAUUUACGUUUAUCUACGAUGCAAUAGUUAUCGUUAUUGAUGAAUAUGAUAGUCCUGUCACAACGAAUACUACAAUAUCCAAUAUCACAACUACCACCACUACAAAUUCUUCAGCAUCUGGCCAUCUCGCACUUCUACUAGUUCUCGGGACAUUCAUAAUUUCUUACCUGUUCCGCAGGUUUCGCCAUUCGCAUUUCUUUGAUCAUCUCAUACGGCGCAUUGUUAGCGAUUUUGGAGUCCUUAUAGCCAUAUUAUCCAUGGUGGCCUAUUACAACCUUGACGACAACACCUCUGUCUCGCAGCUCGUAGUACCAGGCGGUUUCGACAAAACAAAAACUGAGAGAAUUGGUUGGUUUGUAAAUCCGAUGGGAACAGGAAAUAGCAUGAACGUUCUGAGCAUUGUUAGUGCUAUGAUACCCGCCGUUUUUGUCAGUAUCUUGAUCUUCAUGGAGGUCGAGCUCACUGGUCUUAUUCUUGAUAAGAAGGAGUUCAAGCUGAAGAAAGGCACUGGAUACAAUCUAGAUCUCAUUGUCGUUGGUUUAAUCGUAUGCUUGUGUUCCUUACUUGGCUUCCCCUGGCUUUGUGCAUCACCAAUACAUUCCAUGUCCCAUCUUCAUGCACUCAUGGUGUUUAACAACGACCAAGCGCCCGGUGAACGGCCGCUUCUCGUGGAAGUCAAGGAGCAGAGAGUUACAAACAUUGUCAUUCAUAUUCUGAUCGGACUAUCAGCAUUCCUAGCUCCAGUGUUGCGUGCUGUUCCAAUCCCAGUCCUGGCAGGAGUUCUACUCUACCUUGGAGUCUGUUCACUCUCUCAUAUACAGCUGUGUGAACGAGUGAAGAUGUUGUUCAUGCCACCAAACCACCAUCCUGACGUCUCGUACGUCCUUAAAGUCACCACAAAAAAGAUGCAUGUAUUCACCAUAAUCCAAUCCAUAUGUGUUUGUAUUAUUAUUUUGAUCAAGCAAACAAUGCUGGCUCCAACAUUCCCCUUCUUCGUGUUGUGUUUGAUUCCACUGCGCAAGUCACUUGUGUAUUGGUAUGAUGAGCAAGAACUUGAGUUGUUAGACAACGAAGCUGAAGAACUGAAUGAAGAUGAGUAUGAUGAGUUUGAUGCUGUCCAUGUACCAAUAUGA